AAAGAUAGCCGCCCUAGAGACAAGCAACGGAACAACCAUGGCAGCAGUGUCCAUGGCGUCUCUCCAACUGCAAGCUCCUGAGUUCCUUGCAUCAUGCCUCCUCCUCCUCCUCGCUACCAUUCUCCUCUUCAGGCAGCUUCUCGCGCCGUCGUCCAAGCCGUCGCUGCCACGCCCGAGAGGCCUCCCUCUCAUCGGAAACCUCCACCAGAUCGGCACGCUCCCGCACCGCUCCCUCGCCGCGCUCGCCGCCAGGCAUGCGGCGCCGCUCAUGCUGCUCCGCCUCGGCUCCGUGCCGACGCUCGUCGUCUCCACCGCCGACGCGGCGCGGGAGCUGUUCCGGGACAACGACCGCGCGCUGUCGGGGCGUCCGGACCUGUACGCGGCCACCAAGCUCUCGUACGGCCACAAGAGCAUCUCCUUCGCGCCCGACGGCGCGUACUGGCGCGCCGCGCGCCGCGCCUGCCUGUCUGAGCUCCUCGGCGCGCCGCGCGUGCGCGCGUUCCGCGACGCACGGGAGCGCGAGGCCGCCGCGCUCGUCGCGGCCGUGGCGCGCGCGUCGGACGCUGGCUCUCCCGUGAACCUGAGCGACAUGGUCGCCGCCACGAGCAACGGGAUCGUUCGCCGCGUCGCCUUCGGCGACCACGAGAGCCUGGACGCUAAGGCUCUCAUAGACGAGACCCAGGCUCUUCUUUGCGAUUUCUUUGUCGGCGACUACGUGCCGUGGCUCCGGUGGCUGGACGCCCUCCGCGGCAUCAGGCGGCGGCUCGAGCGGCGGUUCCAGCAGCUCGACGCGCUCUACGAGCGCGUCAUCGACGACCACCUCAACAGGAGCAAGGGCGCCUCCGAGGAGGAAGACGACCUGGUCGACGUGCUCCUCCGCCUCCACGGCGAUCCAGCUCACCGGAGCACGUUCAGCAGCCGUAGCCACAUCAAAGGCAUACUAACGGACAUUUUCAUUGCCGGGAGCGACACGUCGGCGGUGACGGUGCAGUGGGCGAUGACGGAGCUCCUCAGGAACCCGGCCGUGCUCGCCAAGGCGCAGCGCGAGGUGCGCAGCGUCGUCGGCGGCGGCCGCGGCAUGGUGCGGGAAGCCGACCUCCCGGAGCUGCACUACCUGAGGCUGGUCAUCAGGGAGGCCAUGCGGCUGCACCCGGCGGCGCCGCUGCUGGUGCCCAGGGAGACGACCGAGCCAUGCACGGUGCACGGCGUCGAGGUACCGGCCAAGACGCGCGUGCUCAUCAACGCGACGGCCAUACACACGGACCCCGGCGUCUGGGGCCCCGACGCGGAGCGGUUCGUGCCCGAGCGCCACCGCGGCGGCGGCGGCGAGCACAGGACGCCGUGGCACGACGGGUUCGCGCUGGUGCCGUUCGGGGUCGGGCGGAGGAGCUGCCCCGGCGUGCACUUCGCGACGGCCGUGGUCGAGCUGCUGCUGGCCAACCUGCUCUUCUGCUUCGACUGGCGCCCGCCGCCGGGCCACGACGUGGUGGACGUGGAGGAGGAGAACGGCCUGGCCGUGCGCAAGAAGAACCCUCUCGUGCUCCUGGCCAAGCGAAACACAUCGUAACGCAGUCAUCGACAUAGCUUACUCACCAACACACAAUCACGAAUUCGCGUGUUCAUGUCACCGUAAACACAAUCUUGUUUUCCUGCUACACAGCGUGAACAAUGUGUCAUGUUGCCUUGCACCCAAUAAUACACCAUCGACAUUAGGGAUGGCAAUGGAUAUAUACUCGUUAGGUAUUUAAUAUUAACCCCGUAUAAAUAUAA